AUGAAAUUAAUUCAAAAUCAAUUUGGUUCUAUAAUAUAUCAACGUUAUAUUAAUGAUAUAUUUACAACUAAGAAUUCGGAUUAUAAUCCAUAUAAUACUGAUAAAGAUAAAUUUAAAUUUGAAAAAGCUUAUAAAAAAAGUUUGCGUUUUCUACGAUCACAUUGUAAUAAUUGGGAAUAUAAUUUAUUAAAUGUUAAAGAUAAUUCAAAUGGUAUUGUUUAUAAAAGAAAAUAUAAUUUAAAAGUACAUCCAUCUACAAAUGAAUUAAAAAUGGCAAUGAAUAUUCAAAAAUUUAUUCAAUACAAUAUAAAUAAAUAUAAUUAUUGUUUAAACGAACAAAACAUCAAUCAUAUAUCAUUGUAUGAAAAUGAAUGUAUUUUGAUUUAA